AUGGGUGUGCAAAUCGGAACAGUUGGGUUCCUUUUGCUUUUUGGAUUACAAAGUGUAUUUGGUGACGAUCGAUGCGCGUAUAUGAUUGGUAUUCCGAGGUUACCAAAGCCUGAAGACUUGCCUCCAAUAGAUUACGAAGGUUUAACUUGGGAUGAAAGACCCUUUAUUCCAGCACCAGAAAGGGAUGACGUGUGUAUGAGUAUUUAUGUAGCAGCCAGCCGUACACAAAUUAUUUACAUGGACGAAGAGAUCGUGGGCGAUGUUGCCAUAGCAAAACUAAAUUAUGAUGGAGAUGCCACACCGACGAUAGUUCGUCCGCUCACGGCAGGUUCAUUUAAUAUGCUUGGCCCAGAGUUGCGAAAGGAAAAUAACGAAUGGAUUUUGUAUAUAACUCAAAGACAGGACUACGAAACUCCAUCCAUGCAACUUUACAUGCUGCGUAUAGAGAUCCCGGAUGAAACGACCGGCGGUAUAACUUUGCAAAUCGUCAACAUUGAUGACAACCCUCCCAUUAUACAUGUUGCCGACUCCUGCGUUAUACCAGAAUUAAAGGAAGCUCAUUUAAGCGAUUGCGUAUACGAAGUGACGGACGAGGAUGGGGAGAUCAGCACCAGAUUUAUGCGAUUCGAAAUAGAAAGCGAGCGCAACGACAGCCAAAUUUUCUACAUGCUGGGUCAGAAUAUACCAAAUGAAUGGAGGCGCAUGACUAUGACCGUGGGCACAAAUAGAAGCUUGGACUUUGAGAUAAACGCGCUUCAUGUAUUUAGAGUUACGGCUUUUGAUUCUCUGCCCAAUACCCAUACAGUGACGAUGAUGGUGCGAGUGCUCAACGUGGAGCACCGGCCGCCGCGUUGGACCAAUAUCUUCGCGGUGCAGCAGUUCGACGAGAAAACCGCACAGAACUUCAUAGUGCAGGCGAUAGACGGCGACGCGGGCAUCGAUAAACCUAUAUAUUACAGGCUGGAAGUUGAUGAAGAUGACAAAGAGUACUUCAACAUAAUAACAAUAGAGGGUGGAAGGAGUGGGGGCAUCUUCCAAGUUUUCCCCAUAGACCGAGAUACAUUACAGCGAGAAGUGUUCCAACUGUCGAUAAUAGCAUAUAAAUACGACAAUGAAACAUUUGCAACGCGUAACGAAGUCGUCAUCAUUAUCAAUGACGUCAACGAUCAGUAUCCAGAGCCUUUACAGAAAGAAUACAAUAUCAAAAUAGAUGAAGAGACACCGCAAACUUUAAAUUUUGACACAGCUUUCGGUUUCAAUGACAGGGAUUUGGGUCAACACGCACGAUACUCAGUGCACUUGGAAAGUGUGUUCCCGCCAGGGGCACAUACGGCCUUCUUCAUCCAACCAGCUAUUGGUUACCAAAAUCAAACAUUCAUCAUGGGAACUGUCGACCACAGCAUGCUCGAUUAUGAAGUGCCUGAGUUUCAGUCUAUUGAACUUAAGGUGGUAGCGACAGAUUUAGACAAACCCGAGUUUGUAGGUGUAGCGACGGUUUAUAUCGAACUAUCUAACUGGAACGAUGAGCUGCCCAUCUUUGAACACAGUAUACAAACUGUGACGUUCAAAGAGACUGAGGGUGAGGGGUUCAAAGUCGCAACCGUGGUCGCCCACGACAGGGACGUCGGGGAUAGAGUCGUUCACAGUAUCUUAGGAACUGCUCAAAAUAUUCUGACGAUUGAUAAAGACACCGGCGACAUCACCGUCACAGCCAACAACAGCUUCGAUUAUCAUCGACAAAAUGAACUUCUCAUUCAGGUGCGAGCUGAGGACACUCUGGGCGAGCCCAUCAACACCGCGACAUCUCAACUAGUGAUACAAUUGAUCGACAUCAACAACACGCCGCCAACGCUACGUUUACCUCGAGGCAGUCCGCAAGUAGAGGAGAAUGUCCCGCAAGGCUUCCAAAUAACGCAAGAAUCGCAAGAGAUCACGGCGAGCGACCAGGACACCAGCGCGGAGCUGCAGUUCCAGAUAAUAUGGGACACUUCAUACGCGACCAAGCAGGGCCGCGAGACGCCGGCCUCGGAGUAUCACAAUUGUUUGGACAUCGAGACAAUAUACCCGGAUCCAGACCGAAAAGGUAACGCGAUAGGGAGACUCAUCGUGAAAGAGAUACGCAAUAAUGUUACCAUCGACUACGAAGAGUUCGAGGUACUCUAUCUCACUGUGCGAGUUAUUGAUAUAAUGACUGAAAUCGGCCAGGAUUUUGAUGAAUUGACGUAUACUAUAACGAUAGUCGACAUGAACGACAACGCGCCACAGUGGGCCGCGGGCACGCUGGCGCAGGCGCUGCGCGUGAGAGAGAACAGCGGCACCAACACCAUCAUUGGCUCGGUGCAGGCCACUGACAUCGACGGACCGCUCUACAAUCAAGUGCGAUAUACUAUUAUUCCAAGAGAAGACACGCCUAAGGAUCUUGUGAAGAUAGAUUUUAUCUCAGGCCAAAUAGAAGUGGAUCUGGACGGCGCCAUCGACGCUGACAUUCCGCCCCGACACUACCUGUACUAUACUGUGAUAGCGAGUGACAAGUGCUCCGAAGAGGAUCCUCAGGACUGUCCUCCUGAUGACACUUACUGGGAGACUGAGGGCGAUAUAAAAAUACAAAUAAUAGACACAAAUAACAAAUACCCCAUGGCUAGAGAGGACUUGUUCAAUACGACGGUGUUCAUAAAGGAGGACGCGAAGCCUGGCGACGAAGUGGUGGUUGUGGUCUCGGAAGACUUCGAUAGAGAUGAAAUAUACCAUACGGUCAGCUAUCAGAUAAAUUAUGCUUUCAACCCUCGUUUGCGUAACUUUUUCUCGGUGGAUCAGGACACUGGCCGCAUCUAUGUGAACUAUCCCACUGACGAAGUACUCGACAGGGAUGGGCAUGAGCCUACACAUAGGAUAUUCUUAAACUUAUUUGACAACUUUUAUUCUGAAGGAGAUGGCAACAGGAACCAGAAUAACACAGAAAUCUUCGUAGUAUUGCUGGAUGUUAAUGAUAAUGCACCAGAACUGCCUUCACGCAGCCAACUCACUUGGUCCAUAUCAGAAGGACUUAAGAUGGGCUCCAAAUUACGUCCAGUCAUACACGCACCAGACCGCGACGAGCCCAACACUAAUAACUCUAGAGUUGGCUAUGAAAUACUAAAUCUGACAGUUACUGAUAGAGACAUCUUCGUCCCCAAAAAUCUUUUCUCCAUGGUUCACAUCCUUAACGAUGGAAACUUCUAUAAUGUGUCUGGGGAACUGGAAACUGCAAUGGAUUUAAGGGGUUAUUGGGGAACUUACAAUAUUGGAAUACGAGCUUUCGACCACGGCGAACCUCCGCUUGACUCUGAAGAGAUAUAUGAACUAACAAUAAACCCAUACAACUUCCACGAGCCCGUGUUUGUGUUCCCACGAGACGGCGCUACUGUGCGACUUUCUCGGGAGUGGGCAGCGAUUAAUAGCCGGUUACAAUUGGUUAAUGGGGAGGCGCUGGACAGAAUUAACGCGACCGAUGAUGACGGACUUCACGCUGGAAUAGUCACUUUUGAGAUUGUUGGGGAUGAUGAAGCGCAGCAAUAUUUCACGGUGUUGAACGAUGGUUUGAAUCAAGGGUCCCUCGUCCUAAAGGAAACUUUUACUGAAAAUGUUAAAGUAUUUCAGAUCCGCGUCCGCGCCACAGACGGCGGCACGGAGCCGGGCCCGCUGUCCGCCGACGUGUCGCUGCGCGCGGUGUUCGUGCCCACUGUGGGCGUACCCGUCUUCGCGAGGGACACUGCCGAUGUCGCUUUUGUAGAAAGAGAAGUAGGUCUGACUGAGUCACAUCAACUGCCUUUGGCUGAAGACCCUAAGAAUUAUCUCUGCGAAGAUGACUGCCAUGAGAUUUACUAUAACAUUAUCAGUGGAAAUAGUCAAGGCUACUUUGCACUGGACUCGAAGGAAAAUAUUCUAACAUUAAGGAGGGAGCUAACGCGUACUGAAAGUGAAAUACACACGUUAGGAAUAUCCGCAUCCAACUCUGAACACUCCACAAGUAAUUCGAUCCUGACUGUGACUGUUACUGUAAGAGAGGCCAAUCCUCGGCCAUUCUUCGUAAGAAAGCUGUACACCGCCGGUAUCUCUGUCCUCGACACCAUCAACAGAGAAUUACUCACUGUUCAGGCAACACAUACAGAAGACGCAGCGAUAACGUACACAAUAGACAUGCAGUCGAUGGUGGUGGACCCGUCGCUGGAGAGCGUGCGCGAGGCGGCGUUCGUGCUGCACGCGGCGACGGGCGCGCUGCGCCUCAACAUGCAGCCCACCGCCAGCAUGCACGGCAUGUUCGAGUUCGAUGUGCUGGCCACGGAUCCUGCGGGUGCGCAGGACACGGCGGCAGUCAAGAUUUACCUCAUAUCCUCGUUGAACCGGGUCAUCUUUACAUUUGUCAACACUUUAGACCAAAUUGAGCGACAUCGAGACUUUAUAGCGCAGACGUUCAGCGCGGGGUUCGACAUGACGUGCAACGUGGACCAGGUGGCGCCGGCGCCGGACGCGCUCGGCGCCGCGCGCGACGACCUCACCGAGCUGCGCGCGCACUUCGUGCGGCACGACGCGCCCGUGCCCGCCAGCCUCAUCGAGGAUCUCCGGCGAGACACAGCCCUGCUCCGCUCAAUCCAAACGACCCUGAACACGGAGCUGGUGGUGCUGCGCGACUUCGUGACGGGCGACAGCCCCGAGCUGAGCGCCGACGGCGGGCUGCGGGCGGUGUACGCGCUGGCGGCGCUCUGCGCGCUGUUUGCCUUCUCCUCGAUUGUACUACUUAUCGCUUACGUCUGCAGGACUAGAGCCUUAAACCGUCGCCUCCAAGCGCUGUCGAUGACCAAGUACGGGUCGCAAGAAUCCGGCCUGAACCGGCUGGCGCUGGCGGCGCCCGGCACCAACAAGCACGCCACCGAGGGCUCCAACCCCAUAUGGAACGAAGCUAUUAAAGCUCCUGACUUUGACGCUAUUAGCGAGCAAUCAGAUGAUUCUGAUCUCAUUGGCAUCGAAAACCUACCGCAGUUUCGCAGCGACUACGCCCCGCCCGCCAACGCCUACCCCGCACGUGGAUUCGUUGAUGAUACAAUCGAACCGGCCAAUCACAACAACAACUUUGGUUUCAACCCCACUCCAUUUAGCCCGGAGUUCGCCAAUAAACCCUUUCACCAUAAA